GGGCCCUUCGUCAAGAAGCCGAGGCGCCUGGAAGGGGCCGCGCACCGUGGACUGAGCAGGCAUCUCCGGGAGCACUUCUACAGACCGAAGACUUCCAUGCGAGGGAUUUUGCUCUCCCCUUAACCACUUCGUCCCUCCAUCCAUUUCCGCUGCCCGAGCAUCCGCGCUGUGGGACCAGGAGCGGCUGGGAUCCUCUCCGGCCGUCCGGAGUGUGAGGCUUGCACGGCCCUCGGCUGCCCCGCGCCUCGCCGGAGCCCGAGGGGGCGCGGGUCCGGGGCGAGGGCCGGCCGGACGUGUUUGAUGGCUUCACUGAGAAGAGUCAAAGUGCUGCUGGUGUUGAACUUGAUCGCAGUGGCCGGCUUCGUGCUCUUCCUGGCCAAGUGCCGGCCCAUCGCGGUGCGCAGCGGAGAAGCCUUCCACGAGAUUCGGCCGCGCGCCGAGGCGGCCAACCUCAGUGCGCACAGCGCCAGCCCCAUCCAGGAUGCGGUCCUGAAGCGCCUUUCGCUGCUCGAGGACAUCGUCUACCGGCAACUGAAUGGCUUAUCCAAAUCCCUCGGGCUCAUUGAAGGUUAUGGUGGGCGGGGCAAAGGUGGCCUUCCUGCUACCCUUUCCCCGGCUGAAGAAGAAAAAGCCAAGGGACCCCAUGAGAAGUAUGGCUACAAUUCCUACCUCAGUGAAAAAAUUUCACUGGAUCGUUCCAUUCCGGAUUAUCGUCCCACCAAGUGUAAGGAGCUGAAAUACUCCAAGGAGCUGCCCCAGAUAUCCAUCAUAUUUAUCUUUGUGAACGAGGCCCUGUCGGUGAUCCUGCGGUCAGUCCACAGCGCUGUCAACCACACGCCAACACACCUGCUAAAGGAAAUCAUCUUGGUGGAUGACAACAGUGACGAAGAGGAGCUGAAGGCCCCCUUGGAAGAGUAUGUCCACAAACGCUACCCCGGGCUGGUGAAGGUUGUCCGCAAUCAAAAAAGAGAGGGCCUGAUCCGAGCUCGCAUCGAGGGCUGGAAGGCAGCCACCGGCCAGGUCACUGGCUUCUUUGAUGCCCACGUGGAAUUCACUGCUGGCUGGGCCGAGCCGGUUCUAUCCCGAAUCCAGGAGAACCGGAAGCGCGUGAUCCUCCCGUCCAUUGACAACAUCAAGCAGGACACCUUUGAGGUGCAGCGGUAUGAGAACUCCGCCCACGGGUACAGCUGGGAGCUGUGGUGCAUGUACAUCAGCCCCCCAAAAGACUGGUGGGACGCCGGAGACCCUUCCCUCCCCAUCAGGACACCAGCCAUGAUUGGCUGCUCAUUUGUGGUCAACAGGAAGUUCUUUGGUGAAAUCGGUCUUCUUGACCCUGGGAUGGAUGUGUAUGGAGGAGAAAAUAUUGAACUUGGAAUCAAGGUGUGGCUGUGUGGGGGCAGCAUGGAGGUCCUGCCUUGCUCACGGGUGGCCCACAUCGAGCGCAAGAAGAAGCCGUACAACAGCAACAUCGGCUUCUACACCAAGAGGAAUGCUCUCCGGGUUGCUGAGGUCUGGAUGGAUGAUUACAAGUCUCAUGUGUACAUAGCGUGGAACCUGCCGCUGGAGAAUCCAGGAAUUGACAUAGGUGAUGUCUCGGAAAGAAGAGCAUUAAGGAAAAGUUUAAAGUGUAAGAAUUUCCAGUGGUACCUGGACCACGUUUACCCAGAGAUGAGAAGAUACAAUAACACUAUUGCAUACGGAGAGCUUCGCAACAACAAGGCAAAAGAUGUCUGCUUGGACCAGGGGCCACUGGAGAACCACACAGCAAUAUUGUAUCCGUGCCACGGCUGGGGACCCCAGCUCGCCCGCUACACCAAGGAAGGCUUCCUGCACCUGGGAGCCCUGGGGACCACCACACUCCUCCCUGACACCCGCUGCCUGGUGGACAACUCCAAGAGUCGGCUGCCCCAGCUCCUUGACUGCGACAAGGUCAAGAGCAGCCUGUACAAGCGCUGGAACUUCAUCCAGAAUGGAGCCAUCAUGAAUAAAGGCACAGGGCGAUGCCUGGAGGUGGAGAACCGGGGCCUGGCUGGCAUUGACCUCAUCCUCCGCAGCUGCACAGGACAGAGGUGGACGAUUAAGAACUCCAUCAAGUAGUGGGGAGGAGCUGGGGUCCCCGGAGCCUGGCCCCUGGGACAGGGUGUGCCAUCUUCUGGACCAGCCACACUGGUGGAGAGACAGCAAGGGGCCAGCAGGUGCUCAUUGGGCCUCCCGGGGCUUCUCUAGGGCAGCAUGGGGGCCCCAGAUGGAGACUUUGUGUCCCCAUCAGGCAUUCAGCUGUCAUGAGGCUCACACACCCUGGAAAAGCCCCCUCAACCUUUCUCUGGGAACCCAGGAGCCAUGUCUUCUACAGCCUGAAUGUGGACCUGGUACCAAGGAGUGAAAGAAACAUCCACACCUCCUCCUUGUCAUCUUCCUCCCUACUAUCAGGACUGGGACUGGCAGGGGCCCCACCCUUUUCUCAUCUUUUGCAGCAGCAGCAGCAGUUUCUGAAUUCCACUCCAGCCCUCAACAAAGUGGGGAGGGUCUCAGCCACAUCCUAGCUCCCCUCCUCAGAGGAGACAGCCAGGCCCUGAGACUCAGUUUCCCCUGAGGUUGCUUCUGCCCAGAAACCCAUUCAUAGCCCAAGGCUGCCACGCCCAAACCUUUCCAUCAGGUGGCCUUGAGGGCAGCAGCUCUGGACUUUUCUGGACCAUCCCUGAGAUGGCCUGGAAGAAGCUGACACUUCCACAGUCAUCAGGGCACUAGGAUCCUAUGUGCCUGGGCCAGCUCUUCUGCCUAUGUCUGGAAGGAGCCAGAGGCAGGAAUAGGCUGGGCACGCGGGGUAGUCUCAGCUGUGAGUGCCCCCAGGCUACAGCCAGGCCAGUGUAGCUCUGCCUGCUCGGGGACCAGGGAGCCCUGACUCAUGGAGGCUGCUAUGGGGGGAGCAGCAAGGGGCCUCCACCUGGAGCUUAAGGACUGGAGCCAGCACAGCAAAGCGGGACAGGACCCUCGAGGAUGCUCUGUGCUCAUUUCAGUUCACCUCAUGCUCUGCUGGCUGACAGGGGAGAAGGCAGUCGAUUCCUCUCAGAAGAGUAAUAAUUUUUUUCGAUUGCCCUCUGGUUAGGGUGCACUUAUAAAUCAGAGUUAAUAUAUGGAUGUGUGUGCAUGUGUAUGAGUAUGCGUGCCUGUGUGUGCGCGUGGCAGGGUGUGUGCAGCUGCAUGUGCGUAUAUGCGUGUGGCACCAUGUGGCGUGUGUCUGGGUGUAUGUGCCUGAGUGCGUGGUAGAGCAGACGUGGAAGUGUGUCCUUGGGCCUGCUGCUUCAUUGCUCUCCUGGAUUGGGACACGGCUGCCAAGAAGCUUGGGGGGCUGGCCAUGCAUUGUUCGCCAGGAGGACAUGGCUCGGCCUUGCCCCAUGUGGUGCCCCAGAUGGAAGGCUGUCCCUUCUGCCAGUUCCCAUCUCUCCCUCGUGCCGUCCCCAGCCAAGCCCUGCCCAGUGCCAAACCCUGUAGUUGCCCAGUUGGGGGUUCACAGUGUUUCAUUUGGUGGCAUCUUAUUGGUGAUCACCCUGCCCAUCUCCCCUCUCGUGAAAUAAAUACAUGUGAGCACUUCCCAAA